AUCCGACACCGCGGGCGAACAUACAAGUAUGAAGUUUUGAAUUCGAUAAUCCUCCACCUGCCCACUGGGCGAGCCCACGAACCCUAUAUCCACUCUCGGGGGAUGCUAGUAUGGGUUCCGACGUUGAGUACUGGAGCGACUCGUACGCAGGUGCCGUUGACGAAUUAGCAGUGCGAGUGUCGUCUAUCCGAGAGCUAUCCGGCUGCGACUUCAGGGAUAUCGCGGCUGAAUGUGAUACAAAGUUGAGCCGAGCUAAAUCUAUCAAGAAAUCAUACUGCCUGGAAAUGCGACUUUUAAGGGACCAGAAAAUUAAGGGGUUGCAUAACUGCAAACUGAAGGAGCUGGAUAGGCGAUGCGCAGAGCUGGAGCUUGAGAUUGAGUUCGUGCGCGGGGGGAGGGCGAGACGUGAAUUGCUCACGUCAUCAUCUGUGGACCACGCUGGUUGCGACGACAAUAAAUCCUGCCUGAAUGAUGCAGCUAUCCUCCAAGAUCAGACCCAGGAUGCACUUUCCAGAACCAUAAAUCUUGUAGAAGCCUCUAAAGAAGUUGGAAAUUCGACGAUAAACGAGCACACUAUCUUACUGCUCGAGCAUCAACAAGAACAGGUGAAGGAUAUAUCAACUGAUGUCAUGCUCAUAGAAGAUAAUCUAUUGCGUGCCGACAAGCUGAUUCGGAACUUUACUAAGCGCAUGAUGACGGAUAAACUCAUCCUGUGUUUUGCAUUUGUUAACAUGCACCUGGGGAGGCGGCCCCCGGACGCGGCGUACCCUGUUGGACACAGGGUUGGACACGCCGGCGCCGGGCACCUAUUUCGUGCAGGCCAAGUCUUGCGAUGUGUCCAGGAAGACUCUCCGUCUAUUACAGUGCGGGAAGCAACUAUAGCAGGGUUAGAAACUAUGCUAAUCAAAAUUACCGAAGGCGCCAGGGUUAUCGAAAUGCUGCCCAAGACGGACCUCAUAGGAGAGUCCUUGAAGGAUUUGUGUGCUGCGAAUGCUAGACUACUCCAAGACCUGGCUCUUGUGGCACGGGAUGGGGAAAAGGAGUUGCUUGAGCGGCUGCAAGUAGCAGAGGAGAAGGAAAAGUUCCACCGCCUGAGAGCAGACCAAGCAGAUGCUGAGACUGUUGAGCUUCUUGGAGCUGCACACCAGAUACGCACUUCUAAGGCCAAGGCGGAUUUGAAUGUUCGGUCUACAGGGAUGGCAUGCGAGACUAUGGAGCAUCACAUAUAUGGGCUUAAGUCGUUGGUGGUCGAUCAUGCAGCUUCAAUCCUCAUCGCCGCUUACAAAUAUAGUGCCAUAUCUGUCGAGGCGGCCGCCUUUUUACUUGCUACCUACUGGGUGAUCGAUAACAAACUCGCGGAGGAAGCCUUAGGCAUGCUGGACCGUAUGAAGAUGUCGAUUCCCCUACUCCUCCGUGGUAAGCUUGAUGCCAAUCUGGGAGAUACGAGAGGCAAGUGGAAAGAACCAGUACUGCAAGCACCAAUUAUGAAACCGAAGGAUGCGACGAUUACCGUCCAAUCUUUGGCACGCAUGUACCUCGUUCGGCAAGUGCUUGGGCGGUUCGACGAAGAGGACAUGGGAACAUCGAAGAAGGUCAUGACACUCGGUUCCAAGCACUCACAGAAAGCAGAUAAAAAAGAAGUUUGGCGUCAAUUCAAGAAGAAACGAGAACACCAGCAAGAUAGAGGUCGCGAUCGAAUACGGUCACUGAAGGAGGACGUGCAAAUGAUUAGGAUCGAAAGCAGGGGCGCUUCCGUAGGCCCAGAUCUCAUGGAUCACCUUGUGCAUCGUUACAAGCCCAAAGGUACACCGUCAUACUGUAACAAGAGACAGGCCCACUGGCAAGAUACCACAGAUCGGCCGGAUGAUCAGACUGCAUUGCGCCCUUUUGCCCGGGGAAGGCCCCCGGUCAACAAAAUUAUUGCGUCGUGGCAUCUUAGGAAGCUAAGACAGCGUACUUACGGUCACCGGUCAGUCAACACAAACGAAGAACCUGUGUUAGCUGCGACGGCCAUAAGUAGCGGGCCAGGCGUAGUGGGCGAGAGAGUGGAAGCUCAGGGUGCUACCGUACGGAUAUUUGAAACUGGCGUUAUUUCUACUAAUGCGUUAAUUCUACCGUUCAUCAUCAUGGGCGACGAGGGGUCGCGAAUAGCAAGGUCUUGGGGUGAUCAGGUUGGUUCUUUUGAGCUCAUUUUGAAAUCCCUAGUCCUGGACUUGAAUCGUUUGAACUCUCGUGUCGAUGGUUUAGAAAGUCACCACGGUUCACAAUUAGACACAACGAAGCGGCAACUCGGCAAUUUAGUUGCGAAUGUUCAGGGGUUUGUGUCGCAGGAGCAAGCGCUUGCUGAUCAGCGACAGAAUCGCGAAACCCUGCGCCAAUCUUUAACCGCUGAUAACCUGGAUCGAAGCUGCGAUGCCCGUCCAGCACUGGUAAAGCCUCGGUCCUCUACUGAUUGUGGUCCCGACAAGGUGAACAAAACAGUCCGCAUGGCAAAUUGGCUUGAUGAAGCACUACAUGGCGGCGCGGGGCAGGACACUGUAAACAAAAAAGGAAUACUAUCUCGGCUCCUUGGCUUGGAACACAAAGUAGAUGCCGUGUGUGAAAUCGCAUCUGCUGCAGACACUCGUAGUAAAGGUAUCGAGAUUUCUUGUGAAAAUUUUCGACAUGGACUCAGAGAGGCUGGGGAGCAAGCUGUAAGCGCAGUUGAAGAUAUUUCUUUCUUGCGCAACAAAAUUGACCGGGUGGAAACUUUGUCCAGAGAUGAGCUCCCUCGUGCUCGACGCCAAGCAGUGGCAUUUAUUAGUGCGUUGCGAAACACUUGCUUUGCCGCGAUGCGCUCAAGGCACGUUGCUGCUUUACCAGGAGGUAAGAGUUUGAUCCAAGAUUGCCUCUUGCCUAUUCAUCGUGAGCUUGAAAUGGCCAAAGACCUUCAGGUGCCACUGGAGAAUGCGGGAGAUCGCAAGCAGUGGCGAAUCGUGGCACUUCAAGCCGCACGGUAUCUCUUUUCAAUACUGCACAAAGACAGAUUGUCACAAGACCAAAAGGUCGCAGCAGCUUUGGAGGAUAAGCCUUCGCGCAUAUCUUCACUAGAUGACGUGCCCAUCGAUCUGGUUGGCGAACAAGCCUACAGGGUUGAGAAGGAUUACGACGCAGAAUUUGUUGAGGCUUCUUUGAGGUCGCUCAAUAAUGCUCUUACCUUAGAUCCAGAGGAGGAAUCUACACAAGUCGGGAUGCUAGCACUCCAAUCAUGGUAUUCUGGAGCUGAUGGUCCAGGUGGACACUGGAUGCAUGCUCAAUUUUCGAAACUUGACGCUGGUAUAGUGGCUGCGCAAGCUGCUCUCGACUAUGUGCCAGACGCUCUGAGUGUCGAUAAAUUAGAUGUACGUUUGCGGCUCGUUGAAGAUGCCGAAAGCGACCAGAAACACAGCGAGGAUACGGGGGGCGCUACUUACGAUGCUGCAGCUGUAAAGCAGACACGUGAUGAUAUUGAAUCCUUUCGUACCACCCUCACCGAGACAUCUCACACUAUUGGGAGUCUCCAAUCCGAGCUUAGAACAAAAGCGGGUCAGUUAGAUACAUCUAGCGCGCUGGAGGCUCUCAGACGCGAGCUCAUUAAGCUUGCUGCGAACAUGGUCGGCAGGAAUCAACUCAGCGCCAGCUUAAGCUCGAAGCUCGAUCGCCAAGAUUUGGGUCGCAUCGCAGCACUCAUUGCGAACGGGGAACUUGAAGGUUGCAGCCAAACUCCAAGUUCCAAACUUCCGCUGCUUGUGCUGCGAUAGACCAUUAAGCAAAGCAACUUUCAGCUCGGCAGAUUCCAAGAAGAGCAGUCACGAGCUGAACACACCAACUGCAACGAGGCCGCGCCAUAAACUCACAUGCAUGCCCUGAUUAAUAUGUCUUUGCAGAUGUGGAAUAAGCUUCCAAACUUGCCUCAUGGGAACAACGUGUUGGAUGCAACUUGCAGGACGCUGGCAGAACCCUGUGAUACCUACCCACCCACUCAAAGUUUGGUCGAUGAGGAGUCACUGGAGACUAUUGUUGGUACAAAACAACACAAGGCAAACUUGGAUACGACUGAUGGCUCCUCCCUUCAGUCCAGGUUACACAUAUUCCCUUCGCUUUUCUUGGCAUCGGCUGCGUUACACAUAGGUCCACGUACUGCCGUUAUCCUCGUCUGAUGCCCACGCGGAAUUCGACGCGCCCCGCAUCGAGGAGUGCACACUAGCGUAGACUCCGGUUGUUAUUUCGAUUCUAC